AUGCCUAUUGAGCUUGCAUUUUCUGCUCCUGUUGGAAUCACACUUACGGGAGGAAAUGCAGAAAAUUCCAUGAUUCUUUCGGAUUUGUCAUUACGUACUGAUUGCUCAACUAGUUUUGGAGCUUUUCCUAAGAUACUAAGAUUCAGGAUGACGUGCACUCUCUGCAUAAAGUGGAACAAGCAUACUGUUCAGAUCCAGGCGAUUCUAGGUCCAUUAGGUUCUCAGGUGAGUACUUAUACAACGCAUGAUUCUGUCACAUCCGGGAAGAUUAAGAAUGUACUGGCUGAAGAGGGGUAA